GCGGCAGCCAAUCAAGGUCCGGGGGCGCGGAGAGGGCCGGGAGGCAAGGCACUCCGUCUCCUGGGGAUCCCCCGAGGCUGCUCAUCCCAGCCCCACCCCCUCUGUGGUCCGGGCCCAGCCCACCCCAGCUCAGGUUGUCAGCCGGCGCAGGCUAAUACUAGCUGAUUCCUGCUCGCUCGCAAGGCGGACCUUACUUGAGUCGGACCUGUCGCCCCCUACGCCCGGGCCUGGGUGUUCCCCGCGCCCACGCCUCCUGCCCGUCGCUACCACCCUUAGCUUCUCAGACUGAGCUCGGCGCCCCGGAGAGGAUUAAGUCUGCCCCUUCUGCAGCACGGCUAAGACUCAUUCCCACCCCGCUUUACCCAAGACCCACAGAAGCUCUGUGAUCUCCCAUCCUCUGCUUCCAAAAUAGGAGGGAAAUAGGUGUUUCAAAGUGGGUAUUCCAUCAGUGCCUCUGAAGAUGUAACUCGGUGCCUUACUUCUUGGACCACCCCUGCCAACUGCCUUGCCAGAGGAUCUAGCUCAGCCUAUCCUUCCUGCCUCUUGGUGUUUCCACACCAGCCCCACCCUAGCCCCAACCACAGCCUGGGUCUCACAGCCAACUCUGUCCAGAGACUGAUGUGCUCAACUCCUCCUGGGUUGUCAGUGGUAGUGAUGGGGAUUUGGAACAUUUACCGGAUGACUUUGUGGACAGGCAUUGUGCUGGGCUAGGUUCCGCCCCCCAUGGGGACUUGUUCAUUCUGACAUGCCGUUAGCCCUACAACAUCAUGGGGUUGUUCUUCAUAUUUCCCACUUUGAGAAAAACUAGACAGAGCGAAGAGGGGUGACUUGCCUGAGGCUAUACCAGGUCUCUCUGAAUCUUAGGCAGGUGAUUCCCAAGCAGAAUGAGGGAUGUAGGAUGCAGAGUGAGAAGAUAGGGGUAGGGGAAGCAGCAGUUACAGAGAUAAUUGUGCAAGGAGUGGACUUUUUCUUCCAGGCCGCCUGCAUCUUCUCCUAUCUUCCAAUUGCGAUCACUGUAGUCAUCGUGCAGGGAUGACAGGGCUUUGCUCUCAUGUCCCUAUGUCCCUACAGAAGCCUGUGCCCUAUUACCCCUUGAGCAACUUAGCUCUGCCUGACUUAGCUCUUGAAACCUUUACUUCCUUGGUGCCUUCAGAUCCUAGAGGGACUUGAUCUCACAGACAUGCCCCCUAGCUGUAACUCCUGCUUUUAUUCUUGUCUUUUUAGAACCGAGAAAGGCAGGGGUCUCCUGGUAAGGAUUUGGCUGUGCCAGUGGUCGUCACCGUGGUGGGAACGACAGCCUUGGACACUCCUAGCGUCAGAAAUCAGUGGGCAAGUUGACCGAGCACUGGCUGUCUCCCAGCAUCAGCAUGAACUCCAGGGUCCCAGCUACUCAGAGCUGGUUCAGCAGCCACCUGCCCACCACUGAGCCUGACUUGGAGCCUGCCACCGAAGGCUCUACCACAGAGACCGCCACCCUCAGCCCCGAAACCACAAGCUUCAAUGACACCAGAAUGCCUGAUAUGGCAGGCGGUGCAGCUGGUGUGGGUACCAUGCUUCUGUCUUUUGGGAUCAUCACAGUGAUUGGUCUGGCUGUGGCCAUGGUUUUAUACAUCAGGAAGAAGAAGAGGCUGGAGAAGCUACGCCACCAGCUCAUGCCUAUGUACAACUUUGACCCCACGGAGGAGCAAGACGAACUGGAGCAGGAACUACUGGAGCACGGGCGAGAUGCAGCCUCCCUGCAGGCUGCUGCCUCCCUGCAGGCCACACAGGGCAAGAGCACUCUCCCUUCCCAGGGCCCACUGCAGAGGCCCAGUAGGCUGGUGUUUACCGACGUAGCCAAUGCCAUCCAUGCGUGAGAGGCCCGAGAACAAGCCUGGACCUCUUACAAAGA